AUGGCUUCCAUAGACGUGUCGACGCAGAGGAGCGCUCUCCUGAACGAUGCGACUGUUCUGGAGCAUCUACCUACCGAAAUACUCGAAGUUAUCAGAAAUCACACCUCCUCACACCUCCUCGACGUCGUUGCAGAGGCCGCUCUCAUUCCCCAACUUACAGAUCGAAUUUUCAUUCACUUUGAGAAUGUCUUUCCCGAUAUCUGCGCACGUUGGCUCCUCCACCUCGACAACCAAGCCGUCAAUGGCAAGAAUAGACAAAUCCUUGCGUCUAUUGCAAGGAUAUUACCCUUUGCUCCGUAUUUAUCGGAAUUUCUCCAGCAUGUCAUGAGAGACGACUUGACGAAAGCGACGUCGGAUACUAUCCAGACGCUCACCCUCCGAUUCCCCAAACUCACCACUUCUUCUCCCACACAAGACUCUGACCUUUUGACGCUAUUGUUAGCAGCAUGGCGGCUCGUCUGUUUCGACCAAAGGACCUACGGCAUCCUGGUCUCACCAACACAUAUGCAAACUCUCUUCUCACAUGAAAGCCGCGCCGUCCGGUACUUGGCCAUCCGGAUUUUCACCCAGCUCCUCCGCGCAGCCGACUCGAAGCUGGAAUCUCUCAUCACCGAGCACGUCGGGGCGACGGAGGCCGUCCUCGCUGACUUUGACGGGCGCGAGGUGGACUACGGGUUCCUGAGUCUGUAUGAAGGUGCACGGAUCAAGAAGGUAUCGGCCCUGCGCCGGGAGCUUUGCGAUGCUUCACAGAGCAAUGAAAUCCACUCUUUUCCACCGCAAUCCCUCACUCCCUAUGUUGCGUGCUACGGCAAGACAAUACUGCCGAGACCGUCGGGACCCGUCGACAAAACAUCGUCCCUCGUACUGACGUUCACCACCACCAAAAACCUCGAGAGUCUGGCUGGCCUUUUGAAGAAUGCAAGCCCGAUUCUGCUUCAUGGCCUGCCUGGCUCUGGAAAGACCUCCCUGGUCCAUGAAGUUGCAAAGGAGUUUGGAAAGCAUUCCGAGAUGGUGACAUUACACAUCAACGAGCAAACAGACGCAAAGAUGCUUAUUGGACUCUAUUCGACCGACUCAAAACCCGGAACCUUUUCAUGGAGAGCCGGUGUGCUGACAACCGCAGUCAGAGAAGGACGCUGGGUUCUCAUCGAAGACCUGGAUAGAGCACCGAACGAAGUCAUCAGCACACUCCUCCCCCUGAUCGAGCGCGGUGAGCUCCUCAUCCCAAGCAGGGGUGAGCGUAUCAAGGCUGCCAACGGAUUCCGUCUCUUUGGCACCGUGAGAAGUUCACGCGGCAUGCAUGGCCGCGAGACGCUUCCCAACCUGCUGGGUAUGCGGUUCUGGCAACUUCUCGCAGUACAGACUCCUACAGAGACCGAGCUACAAGACAUCAUUGUUGGAUCCCACCCCAUAUUACACAAGUUUGCGCCUGGCAUUCUUGCUGUAUACAAGCGCUUGUCAAAGCCAAUGUCCGGCAACGUCCCCUUGUCGUCCAGCCGCGGCAUGGCCGACCGUCAAACCAGCUUGCGAGAUCUGUUGCGGUGGUGCAGACGCCUUGGAGCCACCCUGUCCGAGGCAGGCUGCAAAACUGGCGAGGAACCUGUCACUGACACUAUCCGAAUGAACAUGUUCAAGGAGGCUAUUGACUGCUUCGUUGCUGGUAUCCCCGACGUCCAGGCCAAACAGCACUUGAUAUUCGGCAUCGCUGAGGAGAUGCAUAUGCCGAGGGAGCUAGUCGAGCAUCAUCUGGGAAGCUACAUCCCGGAGCUUGAGCAAAACGACAGCCUGUUCAAGAUUGGCCGAUCAACACUGCGCAAGCGGAAGGACCGCGUGAACAAGGCCGCCCUGGCCAAGAAGCCCUUUGCCAGUACAACACACGCAAAGAAGUUGUUGGAGCAGACCGCGGUAGCUGUAAACCUGGGCGAGCCGAUUCUCCUCGUUGGUGAGACCGGUAUCGGAAAGACGACUGUCGUUCAGCAGCUGGCUGAUACGCUGGGCCACAAGCUGGUCGCCAUCAAUCUGUCCCAGCAGAGCGAAGCUGGAGAUCUUCUCGGAGGCUUCAAGCCUGUCAACGUGAGGAGUUUGGCUGUUCCUUUGAAGGAGGAGUUUGAAGACCUGUUCUCGGCAACCGGCAUCUCGACAACGAAGAAUCAGCGCUACCUCGAACAGCUAGGAAAGUCAUUCGCAAAAGGACAGUGGGCCAAGGCGGCCAAGUAUUGGCGUGAAGCGCCCAAGAUGUUCAAGAAGAUUGUCGACGAACUGGCCCGGCGAGAAAGGGAGCAAAGCCAAGCCCGCGACGAGGCAGGCCAGCCAACGAAGCGCCGCAAGACCGAGUCCAAACUUCAGAGCCUUAUGGAGCUCAGCCCUCGUUGGGAUAAGUUCUCCAACAGCCUGGAUCAAUUCGAGGUUCAACUGUCUGGGGGCUCAACCGCGUUCGCGUUCUCUUUCGUGGAGGGCAACAUUAUCAAGGCUGCCCGGAAUGGCGACUGGGUACUUCUCGACGAGAUUAAUCUGGCAUCGCCUGACACUUUGGAAGCCAUCGCGGAUCUCCUGACGGGGCCUGUUGACAUACCCUCCAUUCUACUGUCCGAAACAGGAGAGAUCGAGAGGAUCAGGGCACACCCAAACUUCCGCAUCUUUGGCGCCAUGAACCCGGCAACAGAUGUGGGCAAGCGCGAUCUUCCCAUCGGCAUCCGGUCCCGUUUCACUGAGCUUUACGUUGACAGUCCUGACAAGGAUGUCAAGGACUUGAUUACCAUCGUCAAGACAUACCUGAGGAAUAGCAGCAUCAAGGAUGAACACGCCGCAGACGACAUUGCGGCGUUGUACAUGAACACCAAGAGACACGCCGAGGAGAAGAGGAUCGUGGAUGGAGCCAACGAAGUGCCGCAUUUCAGUCUCCGUACUCUCACCCGAGUCUUGACAUUUGUCAACUACAUCGCCCCCUUUUACGGCAUUCGUCGGGCCUUGUACGAGGGUUUCUCCAUGGGAUUCCUCACGCUUCUCGACAGGAACUCGGAACAGAUGGUCAUGCCGUUGAUCGACCUUCACCUGUUUGGCCGAGUCUCGAAUCCGCAGUCUUUGCUUUCACAGUCACCAAGACAACCGGAUGAUGGUAAGCAGUAUGUGCGGUUCCGCAACAAGGCCAAGGACCGUCAUUACUGGCUUGCCCAGGGAGAAGAAAAGACUCUGGAACGGACCGACUACAUCAUCACACCUUACGUCGAACGCAACCUUCUCAACCUCGUUCGAGCGACAUCUACGCGACGAUUCCCCAUUCUCAUCCAGGGUCCGACAUCUGCAGGAAAGACGAGUAUGAUUGAGUACCUUGCCAACUUCACGGGCAACAAGUUCGUGCGCAUCAACAACCACGAACACACGGACCUGCAAGAAUACCUGGGAACGUAUGUCUCAGACUCGUCAGGAAGGCUUCGUUUCCAGGAGGGUCUCCUCGUACAAGCUAUGCGGCAGGGUCAUUGGAUCGUGCUGGACGAGUUGAACCUGGCUCCCACUGACGUUCUGGAAGCACUGAACCGUCUGCUCGACGACAACCGAGAGCUCCUGAUCCCCGAGACACAGGAAAUCGUGCGACCGCAUGAGAACUUCAUGUUGUUCUCCACUCAAAACCCUCCUGGUCUGUACGGUGGCCGCAAGGUCCUUUCGCGUGCGUUCCGUAACCGUUUCUUGGAGUUGCACUUUGACGAUAUCCCCGAGGACGAGUUGGAGUACAUCCUCCAAAACAGAAGCAUCAACACCGCACCUUCCGACUGCAAGCGAAUCGUCACAGUCUACAAGGAGCUCUCCCGCCUUCGCCAGACGAGUCGACUGUUUGAGCAAAAGGACAGUUUCGCAACGCUCCGUGACUUGUUCCGAUGGGCCCUGCGCAAGGCAGACACACGAGAGCAAAUUGCCAUCAAUGGUUUCAUGCUUCUUGCCGAGCGAGUCCGAGUCGACGAGGAGCGGACUGCGGUCAGAGAGGUCAUUGAGACCGUUUUCAAGGUCAAGAUUGAUCCGGACGUUCUAUACACUGCCAACGCAUCACCAAUCUUGACCGAGGUUCUGGGCAAGUCCAACAACCAUGGUGUGGUGUGGACUCGUGCCAUGCGUCGUCUUUAUGUUUUGGUGCAUGCUGCCAUCCUCAACAACGAGCCAGUCCUUCUCGUGGGCGAAACUGGAUGCGGUAAAACCACCGUUUGCCAGAUUCUCGGCGACGUACUUGGAAAAGAGCUGCACAUCGUCAACGCUCACCAGAACACCGAGACGGGAGAUCUCAUCGGCUCCCAGAGACCCGUGAGAAAUCGCGGUGCCAUCUCAGAGACUCUGAAGAGCGAUCUGAUUGCUCUCCUCGGAGCGCUCGGCGAAGACGUGUCAGGCCCCCUGGACGUUCUGGUGCAACAGUACCACCGUCUUGCGGCGGAUAAGAUGGCUAGCGUCGAUGCUGCUACGCAGGAGAAGAUUGCAUUGCUAGAAGCCAAGAGCAAAGCUUUGUUCGAGUGGUCUGACGGAAGUCUCGUUCACGCCAUGAAGGCCGGUCAAUAUUUCCUUCUUGACGAGAUUUCCCUUGCAGAUGACUCGGUCCUGGAGCGUCUCAACUCGGUUCUUGAGCCCGGGCGCUCUCUUCUUCUGGCAGAGAAGGGUAUCGACAACUCGUUCGUCACCGCGGCAGACGGUUUCCAGUUCUUCGCCACCAUGAACCCGGGCGGCGAUUUCGGCAAGAAAGAACUGUCACCGGCGCUGAGGAAUCGUUUCACCGAGAUUUGGGUCCCCGCCAUGUCUGAGAUGGACGACAUGCUUGACAUCGUUGUUUCGAAGCUGGAUCCGUCCUUCCAGGCUUUCGGCAAGCCCGUGGUACAAUUUGCCCAUUGGUUUGGCCAGACUUUCAGAUCGUCCUCCUCUACCGCCUUUUCAAUCCGUGACAUCCUCAUCUGGGUCAACUUCAUUAAUUUGUGCGGCCCUGCCGCGCCCCAGUUUGCGAUUGUCCACGGUGCGGCGACCGUCUUCAUCGACAGCUUAGGUGCCAACCCCUCGGCAUUACUGGCGAUGGACCCCAAGGCGCUCGAUUCACAGAGGCAAAAGUGUCUCGACAAGCUCAGCGAGCUUCUUGGGCACGAUACCACGGCCGUCUACCGCGCUCAGCCCGAGGUCGUCUUGACCGACGACAGACUGUCCAUCGGUGAUUUCGGUCUGCCCCGUGAAGCUGGCCGUUCCACAGAUCCCAGCUUCGCAUUCAAUGCACCGACCACAAGACUGAACGCCAUGCGAGUUAUGCGUUCCCUCCAAAUGCGGAAGCCCAUCCUGCUCGAAGGUAGCCCAGGUGUCGGCAAGACGACCCUCGUGGCUGCAUUGGCUCGUGUGUGCGGUCGUCCUCUAACUCGUAUCAACUUGUCAGACCAGACCGAUCUGAUGGAUCUCUUUGGUACGGAUAUGCCUGUCGAGGGCGCCGAAGCUGGCAACUUUGCUUGGCGCGACGCUCCUUUCCUCCAGGCCAUGCAAAAUGGCGAAUGGGUAUUGCUUGAUGAGAUGAACUUGGCCUCUCAGUCUGUUCUGGAAGGUCUCAAUGCCUGUCUCGACCAUCGUGGCGAGGUAUACAUUUCAGAGCUCGAUCAGGUCUUCAAGAGGCAUCCUGAUUUCAGGCUGUUCGCUGCACAGAACCCUCAUCACCAGGGAGGAGGUAGAAAGGGUCUUCCCAGCUCUUUCGUGAACAGAUUCAUCGUCGUUUACGCCGACACCUUCACAGCGGAAGAUCUCCUACUUAUCGCUCAACACAACUUCCCGACUAUCGCCACUGAUGUCGUAAGCGGAGUCAUUCAGUUCAUCUCUCGCCUGGAUCACCAGGUCGCAAUCGAAAAGGCAUUUGGCGCACACGGCAGCCCCUGGGAGUUCAACCUGAGAGACAUCUUGAGAUGGCUGCAUCUCGUAGCCACAAAGGACCCCCUGCUGGCCACUGGCAAGCCAGACGACUUCCUCGACCUCAUCAUCCGCCAACGCUUCCGAUCUUCUUCGGAUCGUGAAGAGGUGAACAAGCUCUUCGCCGAGGUCUUUGCCAGAGAGCCGGAAGGCCACAGCCUUUAUCACGAUACUAACGCGGCCUUCUCUCAAGUCGGAAAUGCACUCCUGCCCAGGAACCAAACUUCUCAGCUUUUGGAAAUGCCCGGCAUCGACAUUAUACCGCGACUGCCGGAGAUCGAGUCACUGAUGAUUUGCAUCAAGCAAGACAUCCCAUGUAUUCUCAGUGGACCCUCUGGCAGCGGAAAGUCGGUGCUCCUCGAGCAUGUCGCCGCCCUCGUCGGCAAGCCUCUCGUUGUGUUCCCUCUGAACGCUGAUAUCGACACAAUGGACUUGGUCGGUGGGUUUGAGCAGUCAGACCCUCUUCGCGAAGUCAACGCUACUUUGCGCGAGCUUUUUGAGGGCCUUCAGACCACAGUCCUGACCAGAGUGCCAAGUCAAGUUCCGUCUUCAGCAUUGGCCCUUCUGUACCUUCUGGAGACUUACCGUGGAGAUACCGAUGACCUUCCCGCCCUCAGGGGUGCAGUCGAACAACUGCUUGCCGAAGUGUCGAGCGAAUCGGACAUCGGAGCUCUUCUUUACACGGCUCAUUCGGUCCUGCGAAACCCCCUGACCGUCAGCAACCCUCGUUUCGAGUGGCUUGAUGGUGUCAUUGUCAAGGCCUUGGAGACGGGACAGUGGCUGGUGCUUGAUAAUGCUAACCUGUGCAACGCCUCUGUUCUGGACAGACUCAAUUCGCUGCUCGAGCCUAACGGCUUUUUGAGCAUCAAUGAGCAUUGCGGACCUAACGGGGAGCCUCGCAUCAUCAGACCGCACCCAGAGUUCCGAAUCUUCCUCACGGUCGAUCCCAGAUACGGAGAACUUUCGAGAGCCAUGAGAAACAGAGCCGUCGAGAUUCAUCUCAGUGAGCGGAAGGCGCAGAGUGUGAACAGCUCCGGGCCUCAGGUUCAUGUGGAAAGCAGCAUGCAACGAUUCUCCUCCUCAAAGGACAUUUCCUUCUCGGCCUUGAGCGCGAACGACUCCUCUGAUGUCAGCCACGCCGCAUUUGGAAACCUGUCUCUGAGAGACACAGCGCUUAUGGAGAGAUUCUCACACUCUCUGCGCCGUGGCCUCGCUGAUCCUACCUGGCCCGGACUCGAAAAGUACGAAGGUUCCCUCAAUGAGCAACUCGGUUUCCUUGAUGCUGCCGAUACAGCUAGCCUUCGCAGCGCAAUUUCCCAACUCUAUACCAAGCUGCCUGGUUCCGACUCGGGCCUCAAAGAAGCUCAGCCUCUGAACCCUCUUCACAACGCUUCCAUGGUGAGAGUCUUGGGCCACAACCACGAUGAAAUGCCUUUCUGGCUGUCUGUCUGCUAUGAAUUCCUCUUGGAAGUCCAACGUUGCCAAUCUGUCAUUUCUGCGCAAGCCACCAAGGCCAAGGCGGUGAAGCUCGCCUCUUUGAACCGACUCCAGCGAUCCAUCGUCUCGGACCGCAUCGCAGCAGUAGCGAAGGAUUCGACGGUCAGGGUAUCAAAGUUCCUAUCAAGAACUCUCCAGGUCAUCAAGACCUUCAUCCAGUCCAACCUCGCGACAGCUCAAGGCUGGAAGGAACGGGCCCAAGUUAUCCGGAACAUGCUGGACUUCUGGUGGCGAACCCUCCACCUGACCACCGGAGACAUGUUUGAGGAAGCACGAUUCCAGGCUCACUUGGUUCAUGGCGUUGAGGCCGUGCAGAAACUUCUUUCGUCAGAAACGCAGUCCAUCAACAGGCAACUUGCCGAUCGCUACCUUCAGACCGUGGAAGAGGACUUCACCACUGGUUUCCGCCUUACUACUGGACUGAGCAUGGAGGUCAUGUGGAAGCGCAUCAAGCCGCUCCCCAUCAUGAGCGAGGAAACUCUCAAGACAAGUCAAGAGAUUGAGCGUUUGGGCAUUCGACUUGACGAGCUCAAGUGGAAGGUCAAGGCAUCCGUCUCUGACCUCGCCAGGGCAAUGACAACCCUCGUCAAGGCCGACCAGAUUGUGCGCGGCACCGAUCUCGACGCCACUGAGCUCAUCCAUGACCUUUCCAAGGAGAUUGAACUGUUGGAGUCCAAGGUUGGCUCUGAGACCAGCGAAGUGAAGCCGUUCUUCGCGGCAGAGUUCGAAACCCUCCGCCAGGCCUCGCUCUUGAAAUCUCAUGCCGGCCAAUACCUCGAGGCUGUGCCAUACGGCGCUAACGAGGCUGAACUUAAGGUCUUGUCGAACCAGAAUACUAUCGACCAGAUCCGCCUGGGCAGCUUCCAAGUCAGAGAGGCGCAUUCACUUACGAUUGGCCAGCUGGCUUCCCAAGACCCGGCCACUCAUGUGUGGAACGGCAGACUCGCAACGUCGCUCUUGUCAAGACUCAACUCGAUUCAAUCAACUAGUCUGCGUUCCCUGGGUCUUUUGGAGACCGAGCUCCCCGCUAUGGGCCGGUCCGUGGCCGCGUUGGCUCCGGUGUUGCAGAAGAACCAAAUCGUUGCUCUCAACAGGGUAGUCAAGUCACUUCUCGCAGAUGUCUUCAGCCUGUAUAGCGAUGAAGGAGACGUCCACUGUGAGACGCUAUACAACCGCAUCAACCAAAUGUUCGAGGACACCAAGGAAGAGGAAGCUGUGACGGCUGUGACAAAAGUCAUGGAGAUUGGGGUUGGGAAGACACUUCAGUGCAACGAUUGGCCCCAACAUCUGCCGCAACUUGUCGAGAACCACUUCAAGUCUGAGACCGACGAGGCGUUGAUGAUGCCCGCGUUUACUGCCAUGGCUUGGUCCGAAUUCGCCAACGGCGCCAUCAGGCUCUACGUGCCCGACAAAUCCUUCGACCCGCAACUUCGGCCACAAUUCGAAAAGGACGUUCACGAUGAGUUGACCAAGCAGCUGCAGCACAAGCUUUCAUCUUUGCUUGACUUUGAGACCCAAUUCACUGGACAGCAAACCUCUCUCCGCAUCCAGCUUGCGCAAGAGGAAGUGACCGCACUGGGACCUGCGCCGGCACCGGCGCAGCUGCUCUACCGACCGGUUCGAUCAGAACUCAACUAUGUUCAGACAGACUUCAACAACGUCCUGAAAAUGGUCAGAGACCAAGAUCUCUACAACACCCACGCCAAAUAUGUCUAUUUACCAACCGGCUAUGAACCAGCCCCGGAAAUCGAUCUCCUAAAGCAGAACCUGGCUCUCAUGAUCGACCGCCUUGCUAAUCGAUUUCAUGCCUACCAAGACAUGACUCGGCCUCUCGUCAAUCUUCUCGGCUGUCUUCAAGUCGGUCUCUCGUUGAGCGCUGGGCUCAUCACCUUGAGGCAGCAUGCUCAAAGAUCUUUGGACCCGGAGGAGAACCUCAUGUACCUCACGCCUUUCACUGGCGGUACGCCGUAUCACCACGGGAUCAAAAAGUUCCCGAAUAAGAGCUUGGAGUUCCUCGACUACAUUGGUCUAGUUGCAUCAGUCGAGGGCUUGUCGAACUUGAGCGCUGGUGUCCGUGAAGCGCUCUUUGAAUGCGUCCACAGGUUCUACCAAGAAUGGGUCAAGAAACUUGAAGAAGACCGUAAGGCUGAGGAGGCCAGAACGAACCUUUACCGGCACAAGGGAAGCUGGGAGGACGAAGAGGAGGUUGAUGAGGAAGAGUUCAAUGAGCUCUUCCCCACGUAUGACCAGGAGGAAGAAGAGAAGCCCGCCAUUGGCCAUCAGAAGGUUCGCGAUGUGUCAGUCCGCCUGGCCGAAUCUCAUCGCAAGGUCUUCCUGGAGCAAGCAGCCCCCUCCGAAGCACUGAAGAACGUCUGCAAGAAGGUCGGGAAUAGCGUUGCGGCGGAUAACAAGGACAAGUACGCUGUCCUGCCGAACAUGACGCGUCGUCUCCUCCCCCUGACUCUCUGGUCCAUCGACGAGCAAAUGACCACCCUCACUGCGAACGGCGUCAGCGCUACGUACAACUUUUACACCGAAGCCAACCUGCCCGAGGUUCGCCGCCUGAUCGCGCUUAUCGACAAGGUCGAGGCCCGCUUCCGAGAUCUCCGACAAGUCGACGAGAUCGGUCACAUGCAGCCUUUGGCAGAUGUUCGAUCAGCCUGCGACCAGCUCCUCCAGCUCACUCACUCGGAGCCCCUGGCAAAGAUCCUCCCGAAACUGGAGACCCUGCACGCUAUCGUCUACGAGUGGCAGCACGGAGGCUACGCUCCCGCCAUCUAUGGAGCUCCUGCUCUCUACACAUCGCUGACGGAUACCAUCAUCAGCUGGAGACGCCUGGAGCUCUCGACGUGGGCGAAGCUCUUCGACAUGGAGGCCCAAAAGUGCACGGCAGACGCCGACUCGUGGUUCUUCGUCGCCUACCAGGUCCUCAUUGCCACACCUCUGUCGCUUGUCGACUCCCCUGAGCUCAAGGACUACGCCGUCAAUCUCGUCAGAGAGCUCGAGACGUACUUCUCGACCGCAAUCAUUGGCCAGUUCUCGGCCCGCCUCACGCUUCUGAGACAGCUGCAAAAGCACCUUGAGCUGCUCACGGUCGACUACCCUUCCUUGGCUGUGGUCUCUGACGCCGCCAUCAACUUCAUCGGUUUCUACUCCCGCUUCGAGAAGAUUGUCCACCAAACAAUCGUCAAGGGGCGGGCGCCGUUCGAAAAGACCAUGAAGGAGGUCGUGCUAUUGGCCAGCUGGAAGGACACAAACAUCAACGCCCUGCGUGAGAGCGCACGCAAGUCUCACUUGAAGCUCUUCCGUCUUGUUCGUAAAUUCCGCACUCUUCUCGGACAGCCGAUGAAGCCUAUCCUGGACCAGGGCAUCCCUGACGAGGACGUUCCUAUUCCCCAAGACGCCGUGGCCGCGGACGCGAUUGACAUCAAGGUCGAUCCCGCAGCCAUCAAGACCUGCGAUCAAGGCUUGCCAGGCUGGCUCGCUCAACACAAGCGUCUCUCGAACGCCUCAAAGACGCUGUCCAUCAUGGCCAACGUCUCUGCCCAGGCGAACCAGAGCCCACUGGACGCCACCCAGGAGAUCAUCUCGUAUGUCAAGGAACUCAACGCCUCCAUCGCCGAGCUGCGAAAGGAGACGCCCAGCACCUUGACCGAUGAGACCAAGGACCAGGUCAAGCACCUCAAGACGCGCAAGCGCAACCUCUAUGCCGAUGUGCUCAAGAUCCUGAGGCAGAUGGGCUUCCGAUAUAACCUUGGAACCGACGAGCUAGCCCGACAGGAGUCUGCUGCCGUUGUUCUCGCCGGCUCGCCCGCCUCCAUUAUUCGGGAGGGCAGCGCCGAUGACGCCGCCGAGUACUACUUCCACAAGGUCGUCGACAUUGCACCCAAGGUCAGAGCCUCGAUCCAUGAGUACUCGGGCGAUCUUACUGGCGCCGAGAUGCAACGAAGCACCGGUUUCAUGGAGGGUAUGAUGGCCGUUUUGGUGGGCCAGCACAGCUCUCUGUCUUCUGCUCGCACCGCGAUUGCUUCUCUUGAUAGCGCCAUUGCCACCGUUGACAGCUUGAAGGGCACAGCUAUCGGACACGACACCACCAGCACUCGCGCAGGACUUUCUAUGAAUUGGAUGAAGCCAAUCCUGGACUUUGGAAUGAAAAUUGUGGAUAUCCACGGCAAGUUGGCAUCUGUCGACAAUCAGGCCAUUUCCAACAUCCUGCGGACUACGCUGCAGGAAGUCGAGACCCUGUCGGAGAGCUGGUCUACAUCCGCUUCAAAGCACGACAAGUUCACCAACGGAUCGCACAGCGAUAUCCAGACAAGAUACGAGUCUGUGACGCAAACGUUGAAUGGCGAGCUUCCUACUAGUCGCCGCGAUCUUGACUUCAUCUUGGAUCAGGUCAGAAGAUGGAUCCAUGUGCCACAUAUCUUUGGCCGUGAGUUGCCGGCCCUCGAUGCUACCGCCCAGAAGUUCAAACACGCGAUCUCCAGCCUCUGUGAUGCCGUCCUUGUCGCGGUUCAAGGAUACAAGAAGGCCAUGGCUGAUCUGCCAAGCUCAUCCGAUGAUGCAGGCUGGUUGGCAAAGACAUCCACCGUUCGGAGCGCCGGACUGAGUGCACUUCAUAUCAACGCAAUCGUAAGCAAGGUCGAGGAUUGCUUCUCCGCCUUGGAGCUUGUCGAUUUGGACAAGGACCAGAUGGGCGCCGUUGCCUCGUCGCUCUUCUCCAUUGUGCUCCCGAUUCUUCGGCAGUACGCACUCACCUGUCGCCAGAGCCUGUCCCAGCUUCAAAGCUUGCAGGCGGCCACUGGCCACAUGACAUACAACCUGGCGCAGACUUUUACUCAGCUCGCCGCCAAGGGCUUCUGCUCUCCUCAAGAAAAGUCAGACGAGCAGUCUGGGGACUCUGGAAAGAUGGAAUCUGGAACAGGUCUUGGAGACGGAGACGGAGCGGAGGAUAUCAGCAAAGACAUUCAACCUGAUGAGGACCUCACCGAGCUCGCCCAAGAACCCAACAAGGAGAAGGAUGGAGAGAUGGAAGACGAAAAGGAUGCGGUCGAUAUGGCGGACGAGGAGAUGGAAGGAGAAAUGGGCAGUGUUAACGGAGAUGACGAGGAAGACAAGUCAGACGGAGAGGGCGAGGACGGUGAAAAGGAUGACAUGGAGGAGGAGGUUGGCGAUGUUGAUGACUUUGAUCCCACUGCCGUUGACGAAAAGAUGUGGGACGGAGACAACGAGGAGGAAGCAGAGAAAGACCAGCAGGGCGAGAAGGCCAAGGGCCAGAAGAAGGAUGAGCAGAUGGCCGCCGAUGCUGACGCCAAUGCUGACGAGAACGACGCCGAGGAUGAUAACAAGAUGGACCAGGACGAUGACGAGGAGGCGGAGGACGAAGAGCCUGGUCAGGAGCAAGAGGACGCCAAGUUUGAGGACGACCAGGUCAAGCAAGACCAGAACGUCGAAGAGAACGAUGCUCUUGAGAUGCCUGAGGAGAUGGACUUUGACUUUGAGGAGGACGGAGAAGAUGCCGGCUCAGAGGACGAGGAGCUUGACAAGUUGUCCGACGUUGAGAAGGAAGAUGCUAAAGAACAGCAUGACUCCGACAUUGAGGACGGAGAAGAAGAGACUCAGCGACCUGAUGAGAAGGGUCCUGAGGAGGAAGAUGAGGAUGGCAAGGAGGAGGAAGCGCCCGAGGAAGAUCUCGCGGGCGAACCCGAGCUCGAUAUGGAGCCCAAGGCGGAGGAAGAGGAAGAAGAAGCCGCCCAGCCAGAGCAACCCGAUGCCCUCGCGGAACCGCCCAAGGACAACGCCAACGCCGAUGUCAACGCUGCGCCGAGCGACGUCAAGGGCGGCGGCCAAGAUCAAGACGUCGAUCAGAUGGACGUUGAAAACGACUUCAAUAACAACGCCGCCCAGCGAGACGAUGGCGACGCGGGUGAGGGUUCCGCAGAGCAGCAGACAAGCGCCGGAAAGAAGGGACAGCUCUCCCGGUCCGACGACCAGGCGCAGCCCACCGACCAGGACCAGGACGACUCGGCCGAGGAAAAGAGCCGCCAGGACCCCUUCAAGAAGCUCGGUGACGCGCUGGAGCGCUGGCACCGUCAGCAGAACGACAUCAAGGACCCGGAGAAGCAGGACGAGAAGGAGGGCGAGCAGAAGCAGCCGAAGGAUACCAGCGCGGACCUCGGCGCCCGCGAGUUCCAGCACCUCGAGGACGACGAGACCGCCGUCGACGCGCAGGCCAUGGGCGCCGCUUCAGAGGACCAAGUGCAGCCUAUCGACGAGGCCAUGGCCAUUGACGAGGAGAAGGAGGACCCGCAGAGCCGCGUGAUGCCGGAGAACGAGGACGUGGAGAUGGAGCAGGAUGCCGCCGACAAGAUGGACACCGAGGCGGACGAAGCCCCCGAGGCGCAGGACAAGGACAACGGCGCCGACAAGGACGACGGUCGAUCGGGCGUCAAGACGCGACAAGGCAACUUUGACCGCGAGCCGUCGCCCGAGGAAGACGAGGUCCCGAGAGACGGAGACGAGGAGGAGGAGCAAGCCAUUGAGGAAACCUCGACGCAGCUCUCGACAACACACAUCAGCGAGGACGACAACACCCUCCCCCUCGGCGACUUCUCCGAAGCCCUGCAGUCCUGGACAUCCUUCCAAACCAAAACCCACCCGCUCUCCCUCUCCCUCACCUCCCAGCUCCGCCUCAUCCUCACCCCCUCUCAAUCCACCAAACUCUCGGGCUCCCACCGCACCGGCAAACGCCUCAACAUCAAGAAAAUCAUCCCCUACAUCGCCUCCUCCUACAAGCGCGACAAGAUCUGGAUGCGCCGCGCCGUGCCCACCAAACGCUCCUACCAGAUCCUCCUCGCCGUCGACGACUCCCGCAGCAUGGGCGAGUCCUCGUCCGGCACCCUCGCCCUCGAGUCCCUCGUCAUGGUCUCCCGCGCCCUGACGAUGCUCGAAGUAGGCCAGGUCGGCGUCCUCGGCUUCGGCGCAGACACCUUUUUGGCGCACGACUUGGCGUCCCCCUUUGCCUCCCACGACGCCGGCGCAAAAGUCCUGCAGCACUUCCACUUCAAACAGGACCGCACCGACAUCGCCCUGCUAGUCCGCAGGACGAUAGACCACUUCCGCGCCGCGCGCCUGCAGAACCCGUCGCGCGGCGGCGGCGCAGAGGACCUCUGGCAGCUGGCGCUCAUCCUGUCCGACGGCCUGACGCCGUCGAACCAGCACGAGCCGAUCCGCCGCCUGCUCCGCGAGGCCAUGGAGGAGCGCAUCAUGGUCGUCUUCAUCGUCAUGGACGACACGGGCAACAAGAAGGGCGACAGCGUGCUGGAUCUCAAGGAGGCGAAAUUCGUCAAGGACGAGCACGGCGGUAGUCGGGUUGUUAUUGAGCGGUAUCUUGAUACCUUCCCGUUCCAGUACUACUUGAUCGUGCAUAACCUCGAGGACCUGCCUGGCGCGUUGGCUGGGUUGUUGAGGACAUGGUUUGCCGAGGUCAAUUCGUGA